CUUACCCUUUUCCCAAGGGAACUACGCCUUCAGAAUCCACAACUCUACCCCCCCGCCUUUCUAUCUCCCUCUCUCACGCUUCACACAGAACAUGAUGAUGGCCGCCGAAAUAAUCCACUGUCCGGAAUCAAGCACAGCUCGAGCAUUUGUGCACACCGACGCUCUUUCUCGGCUUUCCUCAUUGGCAAUGAAACAACCCCUAGCCAACCGCCUGGCCGACUGGAUGUCCGACGAUGAUGCCCCAUGGCGCGAACAACCACCAGUUAAAAGGAUCCAACUCGUUUUGUACAGCGUCCACAAGUUCGAGGUUCAUUUCACCGAGCAGACUAAACCUAUCAACAAUAUCCUCGCCGUGAUCGCAAGAUUGGCUUUACGAAACGGAUAUGCCACCAUAUCGCAAAUCACAAGCGCAUCCUGCGGACAAAGCCACGGAGGUCGUGGGAGCCAUUCCGGCCGCAGGAACAGCGGCGGUGCAGGCCAAAAUACAUCAGGAUCUACGGUUCCGUCAGGGGCAAGGGAUGGCGGUGGUGGCCCGAGCAAGCGCCCGAUGAAGCGAGAGGGAGGUGGAGACGGCGAGGGCAACCCGAACAAAAAGAAAAAGCUAUUGAACGAACCACAAGGCUCGCGUGGGCAUCGUUGCGUUGUUUUCGAACUCAAUCAGCAAUCGCCCGAGAGGAAUUGGGAUCACCCUUGUAAAGACAAGCAAUUCACCACUCUGGAAAGUGCGAUUGAUCACCAUUUGAGGAUACACGUGGGACAUAUACAGUGCCCAACGUGCCUGAUUAGGAAAGGUACUAAUACGGAUAUGGGCAAGCACGUGCGAACCGCUAGUUGUGCGCCUCCAGUUAAAAUCCGAGAUGAGGUCGUGGCCCACGGCGAAGACGUUCGCAAGGUAAAGUCCUGGGAUGACCUCAAGCGACAGGUCGCCCCUAAUGACAAAAUACAAUAUGAUAUGGCUAGCAACAUCGACAACUUGGCGCGGUCGAACCUAGAUGAGGAAAAGAACUAUCUUGGGCAACUGAUGGCCCCAUUCCUUCCACACCAAAUGAAUUCUCCAGAUAUCCCAGAGCUGGGGGAUAACUUUAUAGACCGCACUCCUCAACAGGAGUUUGACAACCAAGACAUAUUGCCGACAAUGACCCUCGGCGGGAUCGACCUCGAUUUGAACACCCUAAUGCCUAACACAAUCGAUCCUCAGCAUUUACUCAUAUCCAAUCCCGACAGCGGCUAUAGCCCAAUGACCAAGCGUGAUAUUGAGAUUCACCGCCACGAGUACAGCGAGGUACGAAACCAAACUAGCACCGGAGGAGGGGGAGAAGUCACAAGUGGGAAUGAGGCAUCGCAACAGGAUCCGAGUCUCAAACUCCUUGAUAGGUUGAACGGGGUUAUCGAGGCGUUUCUCGAGUGUGACAAAGACCCCACGAGGCGCUCAUUUGCUCAAUUAUGCGCUAAGAAUCUCGCAAUUCAGAUGCCCGAGAACAUUUUGCAGGUGUUCGCCCAAGCUUAUCAGCGUAAGGUUGGGCCGGAGAAAGAAGCGUGGGCAUACGAUCCCCCUCGCUGGGCCAAAGGCAAGGAGGGAGAACAUCGGGGUGAUGUUGAUCAAGGCUAAUUCCAACGAGGGAUCUCAAUGGUUAGGCUCAUUUGUUGCAGUGACCUCCAAACUCAAACCGACAAUUCCCAACAGUCUUAAGUUGCCACGGUAUCCGCACGAAAACCGAUCCGGGUUGGAGGGUUAUGCACAAUGAGGAACCAAAUCUUUAAAUACUUUGCCAAAUUGGAAGAAGGAAGAAAAUCGAAAAGAGGGGGUAAAUUGAGAAAAUCGAAAAGAGAAAGAAGAAAGAAGAAAGCGAGAGCCACAGAUCUUGGGUAAGUUUUAUGAAGAACUUAGCACGCCGGAGCCCGCAUACUCGGAUACCCGUAUAAUCUCUUGAAAUCCACUAUCUCCAGCAGCCCCGUAAUCUCCGGACUUCGAGUCAAAAGCUCCUGGGAAGGACCAGCGUUUCCCCGACACGGUAUAGGAUUGGCCCACUAGACGUGCUUGAUCUCGUUAACCGGUAUUUAACUGGUAUUCGCAACCCUGCCAACCCGUCAACUGAACCUAUCGCGGGCUGACGGGCUGAUUUCCACCGAUAUCCUGAUAGUGGCUUUCAAGAGAUUAUGCGGUAAGGUAUCGAUAACUUUCUCUCCUACUAUGACACCUUGCCAGAGUAGGCUGUCCCCAACGUCUAAGAUCGCAUUCUUAUCCAAGAGAGUCCAAAGAAGGAAUUGCUACUCGCAGAUACUGUAUUGAGGAGGUUUUUUUUUUCCCCUCCUUUUUUUCCUUUUUUGCGGUUUUAGUCCAUCAUAUACACCGGACUUUUUUUUUUCUCCCUUCAACAUAAAAAGAAGAUACAAAGAGGUGGUCCAGUUUGGAAGGCGAUGGAGAGGAGUAGAGGGGAGGAGAUAGAAAGAGAAAAGAGGAGCCGCGGGUGCGUCAAGUGGACUACAGUAGGCAUUCUAUCCUUCCUGUCUGAUUAUCGCGAUGCGAUAAUUUGAGCACGUAUAGAGUUAGAUUUCGGAUGUGUCAUGACCGAGUAUACGUACAUAUCAUACAUGCUGUUCAAGCGGGGGGUGGCGGUGGUGCGGGUGGCGGACGAGAAGUUCUUUCGAGGACGAGACCCGAAAGAAGACUUAUUCGAGAUGCCCUGACCUAUACUCCCUUUUGUAAAUAAUGCACAUUAAUGAGACGGGCCGGGGCGACAAGUUGUAUGUGGAGGUCUGAGAU